AUGAACACCAUCGACGCAACAGAACACUACGAAACCAGCGCGCACGACCGCCCCCCCUCCCUCCUAACCAUCAUCCUCGACACAAACCCUCACGCCUGGGCGCUCCUAUCCCCAACCCUCCCCCUCUCCACCGCCAUCGCCAACAUCCUCGUCUUUAUCAACGCCCACCUAGCCAGCAACUACGCCAACGAAGUGGCCGUAGUAUCCUCCCACACCUCCCAAGCAACAUGGCUAUACCCAGUCGAAAAAUCCCCCAACAGCAACAGUAACAACCCCGACCCCGACGGCGACAUUCCCAUGCCCACCCAACAACCACAACCCCCCUCCAACACAACAACAACCACAACGAACAUAAACAAAUACCGACCCUUCCGCAUCGUCGAAGAACAAGUCUCCAGCCACCUACACAACCUAAUGACCCAAACAACCCCCUCAACCCUCCAAUCAACCACCUCCACCAUGAUGGCCGGCGCAUUAACCCUCGCACUAAGCCACAUCAACCGACGCACACUGGCAUGGAAUGAAGCCCACGGAGGCGACAUCGACACCUCCAACCCCAACGACCCAUCAUCUACCACAUCCACAUCCACAUCCUCAUCAAAUACAAAGGGAACUGCGGAAUCAACCCUCCAAUCGCGCAUCCUCAUCCUCUCCGUAUCCAGCUCCACCGGCUCAGCGCAUCAAUACAUCCCAAUCAUGAAUGCCAUUUUCGCAUGCCAAAGACUUCAUAUCCCGAUUGAUGUAUGCAAGGUAUCAGGCGACGCGGUGUUCCUGCAGCAGGCGUCGGAUGCCACCAAGGGGGUGUAUAUGGCGUUGGAUGAGCCGAAGGGUUUAUUGCAGUACUUGAUGAUGGCGUUUUUGCCGGAUCAGAGGAGUAGACGGCAUUUGGUGCUGCCGACCAGGGUGGAUGUGGAUUUUAGGGCCGCGUGUUUUUGUCAUAGACGGGUCGUGGAUGUGGGGUUUGUGUGCUCCAUUUGUUUGAGUAUUUUUUGUGAGCCGUUGGGGGAUGGGGUUUGUUUGACUUGUGGGACUCGGUUGGAUGUUAGUGAUUAUGGGGCGAAGCCGGCUGUGGUGGCUAGGAAGAAGAAGAAGAAGAAGGUUAAGGGGAAUGGAGUGUCUGCGGCGGGGACGCCUACGCCGACGCCGACGCCGGGGCCGUGA